UGGGAGGAUCAUUCCAGUUCGAGGGCAGGGGCCAGUUGGGCGUUAGGACCAGAAAGGAGGCAGAAUUUGGGGCCCCAAACCAGACCAUUCUGGUCCACCCCCAAGGGAAGCCUCCGUUCCCUCCCCUGCGCGCGUUCCUGGGAUACGCGCCCCGAAGUGGCUCUCCUGCGUUGGUUCCUGUAACCGGCGAGUGGGGAGUCCCGUCAGCCCCAUUCCCGAGCCCAGCCCGCUGCAGAUCUUCGGGGGACACUUCGGAAAGACCAGGACUGCUGGUCUGGAGCUUAGAGCUGGGGCGUGCAUCAUGGCCCCACACUGGGCUGGCUGGCUGCUGGCAGCAGGGCUGUGGGGCCUGGGCAUCGGGGCUGAGGUGUGGUGGAAUCUCGUGCCCAGGAAGACAGUAUCUUCUGGGGAUCUGGCCACCGUGGUACGGCGGUUCUCCCAGACGGGCAUCCAGGACUUUCUGACACUGACCCUGACUGAGCGGUCCGGGCUUCUGUACGUGGGGGCCCGCGAGGCCCUGUUUGCCUUCAGCGUGGAGGCUCUGGAGCUGCAAGGAGUGAUCUCCUGGGAGGCACCAGUUGAGAAGAAGAUCGAGUGUACCCAGAAAGGGAAGAGCAACCAGACGGAGUGCUUCAACUUCAUCCGCUUCCUGCAGCCCUACAACGCCUCCCACCUGUACGUCUGUGGUACCUACGCCUUCCAGCCCAAGUGCGCCUACAUCGACAUGCUCACCUUCACCUUGGAGCGUGGAGAGUUUGAUGACGGGAAGGGGAAGUGUCCCUAUGACCCAGCAAAGGGCCACACUGGCCUCCUUGUGGACGGUGAGCUGUACUCGGCCACCCUCAACAACUUCCUGGGCACUGAGCCUGUCAUCCUGCGGAACAUGGGGCCCCACCACCCCAUGAAGACGGAGUACCUGGCCUUUUGGCUGAACGAGCCCCACUUCGUCGCCUCGGCCUACGUCCCUGAGAGCGUGGGGAGCUUCACCGGGGACGACGACAAGGUCUACUUCUUCUUCAGCGAGCGGGCCGUGGAGUACGACUGCUAUGCCGAGCAGGUGGUGGCCCGAGUUGCCCGUGUCUGCAAGGGCGACAUGGGGGGCGCACGCACACUGCAGAAGAAGUGGACCACGUUCCUGAAGGCGCGGCUGGCGUGCUCCGCGCCCGGCUGGCAGCUCUACUUCAACCAGCUGCGGGCAGUGCACACCCUGCAGGGCGCCUCCUGGCACAACACGACCUUCUUUGGGGUUUUUCGAGCGCGAUGGGGUGAUGUGGACCUGUCUGCAGUCUGUGAGUACCAGUUGGAAGAGAUCCAGCGGGUGUUUGAGGGUCCCUACAAGGAGUACCGCGAGCAAGCACAGAAGUGGGGUCGCUACACUGACCCAGUGCCCAGCCCCCGGCCUGGCUCGUGCAUCAACAACUGGCACCGUCGCCAUGGCUACACCAGUUCUCUAGAGCUGCCGGACAACACCCUCAACUUCAUCAAGAAGCACCCGCUGAUGGAGGAGCAGGUGGAGCCUCGCUGGGGCCGGCCCCUGCUCGUGAAGAAGAACACCAACUUCACCCACCUGGUGGCUGACCGCGUAACAGGGCUUGACGGAGCCACCUAUACAGUGCUGUUCAUUGGCACAGGAGAUGGCUGGCUGCUCAAGGCGGUGAACCUGGGGCCCUGGGUCCACCUGAUCGAGGAGCUGCAAGUGUUUGACCAGGAGCCGGUGGAAAGCCUGGUGCUGUCGCCCAGCAAGAAGCUGCUUUUUGCCGGCUCCCGCUCUCAGCUGGUCCAGCUGCCCCUGGCAGACUGUGUGAAGUACCGGUUCUGUGCAGACUGUGUCCUCGCCCGGGACCCCUACUGUGCCUGGAGUGUCAACGCCAGCCGCUGUGUGUCUGUGGCCAGCCACGCUGGAUCUCUGCUGGUUCAGCACGUGAUGAUCUCCGACACCUCCGGCUUUUGUGAUUUUCGGGGCAGUAAGAAAGUCAGGCCCACGCCCAAGAACAUCACAGUGGUAGCGGGCACGGACCUGGUGCUGCCCUGUCGCCUCUCCUCCAACCUGGCCCACGCCCACUGGACCUUUGGGGGCCGGGACCUACCUGCAGAGCAGCCCGGCUCCUUCCUCUAUGAUGCCCGUCUCCAGGCCCUGGUGGUGAUGGCCGCGCAGCCCCGCCACGCGGGGGCCUACCACUGCUUUUCGGAGGAGCAAGGGGCACGGCUGGCUGCUGAAGGCUACCUUGUGGCUGUGGUGGCAGGCCCGUCAGUGACCCUGGAGGCCCGAGCCCCCUUGGAAAACCUGGGGCUGGUGUGGCUGGCUGUGGUGGCCCUGGGGGCCGUGUGCCUGGUGCUGUUGCUUCUGGUUUUGUCCCUCCGCCGGCGGCUGCGGGAAGAGCUGGAAAAGGGCGCCAAGGCAGCAGAGAGGACCCUGGUGUACCCCCUGGAGCUGCCCAAGGAACCCACCAGUCCCCCUUUCCGGCCCGGCCCCGAGACAGAUGAGAAACUUUGGGAUCCCGUUGGCUACUACUACUCAGAUGGCUCCCUCAAGAUUGUGCCUGGACACGCCCGGUGCCAGCCUGGAGGGGGGCCCCCGUCCCCUCCUCCAGGCAUCCCAGGCCAGCCCCUGCCUUCACCAACGAGGCUCCACCUGGGGGGCGGGCGGAACUCAAACGCCAACGGUUACGUGCGCUUGCAGUUAGGAGGGGAGGACCGGGGAGGCCACCCGCUGCCCGAGCUGGCCGACGAACUGCGGCGCAAACUGCAGCAGCGCCAGCCGCUGCCCGACUCCAACCCCGAGGAGUCCUCGGUAUGAGGGGAGCUGCCCGCCGCAUCAGCGGGCGCGGGAGGCGCAACUCCUACUUUUGCACAGGCACCAGCUACCUCAGGGACAUGGCAUGGGCACCUGCUCUGCCUGGGACAGGCGCUGCCCAGCACCGCCUGGCCAUGCGGACCUGCUCAGCAUGGGCACUGCCACUUGGUGUGGCUCACCAGGGCACCAGCCGCACAGGAGGCUCCUCCUCCUCUGUGAAUCUCGGACUCGUGGGACCCCGGCAGCCACAGCGUUUCGAGGCAAAGUUUCAAGUUGUGCGUGUGUUUGUGCAUGUGUGUACCUGCGUGCCUGGUGUGUGUCUGUGUGUGUGCGCGCGUGCGUGUGUGUGUGGCGAGCCUUCCUGUUUCUGUCGUCUUCCCUCAGCCUGGGGUCCUCCUGGUGAGUCUUUGGAGCUAUGAAGGGGAAGGGGUCGAAUCACUUUGCCUCUCCUACCCCCACCUGCCCCGAGUGUGGGGCAGCGAUGUACAUAUUGGGGUGGGGUGGGCAGGGUGCUGUACCCCUUGCGGGGGAGUGCAGGGCUCAGGGGUGGGCCUAGUCCUGC